AUGGUGCAAUUACCGGAUGAAAUUAUUGAAGAGAUUCUUUGUGGAUUGCCUCUAAAGGAUUUGCUCCGAUUCAGAUGUGUAUCUAAAUCUCGGCUUGCCCUAAUCAACGAUGGUACAGACAAUGUAUUUUUAUGGAAUCCAUCAACAAAAAAGUCUAUACAACUUCCUUCUCCUGCAUCGAGUGCUGACGGAAAAAUUUGGUGGUGGGUUAAUCGAUUUGGUUACGACCACAUCAAUAAUGAUUACAAGGUGGUGAAACUUAUAUUUUUUGAAAAUGGAAAAGAUUAUGAGAUUAAUGUUUAUAGUUUGAAAUCAAAUUCGUGGCAUAGUCCAAAGAAGUUUCCUUACCGUCCAAGGUUGAGUAGCAUUGGAGAUUUCAUAACUGGUGGAGCUAUGCACUGGAUGUCAAAAAUGGGAUCAGAUUCAAAAAGUAAAAGAUCAAUUGUUGAUCAAAUUGUUGCCUUUGAUCUUGGGACAGAGAAAUAUAGAGUAAUUACACCGCCUGAGUUGAGUGGUUCUCAUUUCUGUUUAUAUUUGAGUAAUUUAGAAGGAUGCCUUUCUGCAACUGUUCAUUAUUAUUCGUGGACUGUGGAUAUAUUUUUGUUGAAGGAAUACGGUGGGAAGAAUGAACAUUGGUCGAAAUUGAUUUCGAUUUCACCAACAAUGUCUAUCGGGGUCGACUUUCCUAAUGUUGAAGCUAUUGCUUAUUCAAAAUGUGCUGUUAGAGCUUUGAAAGAAGCUAAGGAAUUGAUUGAAGAAUUUUUACCGAAGAAGUUUAAAGAGGCGAUUUCCAAGGAAGAAGCUAAGAAACAACUUGAAGCUGCUGGAGCGAAGAGAGAUGAAGAAACUGAUCAAGUAUUGGAGGUGGAAAUGUGGAAUAUUGGAGAUAUCCCUAAAUGA